GCCGUUUUUCCAAGUGCUUGAAAUAGAGCGGUGUUUGAGGUUUAAAGCUGGCCCACAGGCCGACACUAUUUCGCAUUUUUCUCCCCCUUUAUUGGACCGUGGAAGGUUUCUUUUUAAUGAGGAGGAUCAUUCCCUACUACUCAAGAUUUCUCUAAACUGUUGGACGUAAUAAUUCACGUAGAUCUUCCAAUGUAAUGUCAUGACGAUCCUACAAUGAAUACUGUAGCAAUCUUGUUCUACAUUAAUGAUCAUCUAUAAAGAAUUUAAUAGACGACGGACAUUUAGAAAUUAUAGCCAUGGUCCUUACUCCAAAACAAAAAGAAGAAUUAAACAAAGCGAUUGCAGAUUAUCUUCAUCAAUGUGGUUUUGAGGAUACUCUGAWUGCAUUCAAGCAGGAUGCAAAAAUGCCAGGAGAACUGGAAGCAAAAUAUAAUGGAUUACUAGAAAAAAAAUGGACUUCAGUUAUAAGACUACAAAAAAARGUUAUGGACCUUGAGUCCAGGUUGUCUGAGGCAGAAAAGGAAGUGCGAACAGGUGGUGGACCAAGCAAAAAUAGAUCUCCUGAAGAUUGGAUACCUAGGCCGCCAGAAAGAUAUUCCUUGUCAAGUCAUAGAAGUCCUAUUACCAAGGUCCUAUUUCAUCCAGUUUAUAGUGUUAUGGUAACAUCGUCGGAAGAUGCCACUGUCAAGGUUUGGGAGUAUUGUGUGAAGACCUUUCUUGGUCAUAGGGAAUGGGUGAGACGGGUCAAACCAAAUGCCRAUGGUUCUCUUUUAGCAAGUUGUUCCAAUGACCAGACUAUAAGAAUUUGGGUUGUUGCAAACAAAGAAUGCAAGUUUGACUUUCAUGAUCACGAGCAUGUGAUUGAAGACAUCAAUUGGGCACCAGAGACUGCACACCAUGUAGUCAACGAAGCUGCAGGAAUGGAGGGAGGCAAAAAAGGUGGCAGUCCUGGUCCUUUCUUAGUAUCAGGAUCUAGAGACAAGUCAAUCAAGAUAUGGGAUGUUAGCUCAGGUGUCUGUCUCCUAACUUUGGUUGGACAUGAUAAUUGGGUACGAGGCGUAAUGUUCCAUCCAGGAGGAAAGUACAUAAUUAGCUGUUCUGAUGAUAAAACACUUAGGAUUUGGGAUUAUAAAAACAAGAGAUGUGCAAAAACGCUGCUGGCUCAUGACCAUUUUGUGACUUGUAUAGAUUUCCACAAGUCUGCUCCAUUUGUCAUCACUGGUAGUGUAGAUAUGACAGCCAAAGUAUGGGAAUGCCGCUAAGGUCAGAACCAAAAACAACAACCAACCACCAAAACAAAAAAUACAGUAAUUCUAGUAAACAAGUGAAGAAAUCCCUAGCAGCUUAUAUUUGAUUCUGUUUUAAGUCAUGCAAAUUGCUUGUACAUUAGGCGGGGMGAAGAGUAAURCCAGAAUUCCUCUCUGGCUGCCGCCUUUAAAUGAGUUACAGAUUAUGAGCUGUUGGAUCUUAUUUUAUUCCCAUGGCCAAUAUUAAGAGGGUAUAUUGAUAUUGGACUGUUGCAGAAGGAGUAGAUGUAUUGAUCUGCCACUGUCAACCUAAAGAGACAUUACACUAUUAUAUUUUGUAUGUUAAAUCCUAGAAUCUACUGAAGCCUGCCAUAGGGUUUGCCAUUAUAUUAAUUAGGUUUAUACACAGUGAAGUAGGAUUAUGGUCACAUGAUGUGACGCCGUGCGACCAUAUUAAAAGAAACAUGUACCUAAGGUUGUUGACGCUUGACACAAGAUCUUUGAUUUGUCGUGACCCCAACCCCACCCCCCAAAGGACCUGUUGCAUAGGCAAUCAKUCUUGCAAUUUACAAAUGCAAUUGGAAAUCUAAUUUAAGAGURCUUUUUAUGCUUCUGUAAUCCCCAAACUCCAGACAUUGAACAUUUGUCACUCUUCCAUCAAUCAAAUUUACAAUGGCCUAUAGCUCGGCUUUGCACUUUGUGAUGGCAGGCAAGACAGGAGGCCGGGACAAUUGAAUGUUGUCUAAUCUAAUUUACACG